GCCAGCUCUCUUCCUCUCGAGUAAAGAUUCCGUUCCCUAUUCAGUGUGUAGUUGUGUACAUUGUGAAUAUCCACAUUUUGUCAGUAAGAGAGAUGGAUCUCAUUCUCAUACUGGACGAAAUGAAGAAGGCGCGUGAGCGCAUGCCUUCGACAUCUUCCUUUGGAGCAGUAAUUCUCUACUUGAUCAUUAUUGUCGCGUCUUCAAGGUGUAGAUUCGCGCAUGCGACGGAUACUCUUCUUGAAGGCCAAUCUCUUUACGGGAACGGUACCCUACUCUCGAAGAAUGGUGCCUUUGAGUUGGGUUUCGGCUGCCUCUUUCCUCCAGAUUAUAUAUUUGGCAUCUGGUACGUUAACUCAUCAGCUUGUAGUACUCUUCUAGUUUGGUCUUCUCCUCAGUUGCAAGGAUACCGCAUCACAGAUCCUCGGACCAUGGUUCUUAUCCUCUCAAAUGGCAACUUACAACUCACCUCUCUGACCUAUGGCCAUGAUGCUAUUAUCUGGUCAUCAGAUGGUACAGAGAGACCAAGUGAAUCUACUUCAACAGUUGCAGUACUUCUUGACAAUGGAGAUCUUGUAAUAAGAGACCAAGUGAAUAGUUCAUUAUUAUUCUGGCAUAGCUUCGAGGAAUUAACUGAUACCCUGCUACCUGGAGGACCGCUGGGAUUUAGAUUGAUUAGUAAUAGGGGGGCUACCAGUAAUGUUUCUUGUGCAAUUUAUUCUAAACUGUGGACAGAUCAAUACAUAGGGCGGUUGUUUAAGGUCAUCACUUAUUACAGCAGCGCUUAUGGUUACAGCAGUACCAAUUAUUCUGACACUUUCCCGAGCUGGAUGGAUAAUCAUGAAGAUGAAGACUCUACGUUUUUGUCCAACAAGUCGGAUGUCUAUGUACGGUUGCAUUCUGAUGGUACUGUUACUGCUGCUAAACUAUGGGGUUGUGGAACUGUGUUGUGGUCUGCUCAAGAUUCCAGGCAGGAAAAACCAGAAUGCAACCAACAAAUGUUGGAUUCCAAGAAAGAAAAGUCAUAUCCAAAGAUUAAAAUCGAUGAUCUAAUUAUAGCGAUGGGAGUUUUAACUGCUAUCUUUGUUUAUCUUGUUCUUUUAUGGAGAAGCAGAAAUAAGCUAUCCCAGGAACUACCAUUGAGGUCCGAUAGCAGCCUCAAGAUAUUUUCAAACAUGCAAAUAAAGAAGGCAACGAAAAAUUUCUCUGAAAAAAUCGGAGAAGGAGGUUUCGGUUGUUUUUACAAGGGGGCAUUGGCAGGUUUCUCGCUAGUGGCAGUCAAAAGGCUAAAAUGCAUUGGACAAGGGGAAAAACAAUUCCGAGCAGAAGUACAAACAAUUGGCAUAAUUAACCACAUCAAUCUUGUCCGAUUAUUUGGUUUUUGUGCCAAAGGGCGUAAAAGGUUGUUGGUAUAUGAGUACAUGGAGAACGGUUCUUUGAGUUCUCAUCUGUUUUCGAAGAGUUCGACCAUAUUGUCCUGGGAUCUCCGGUACCAGAUAGCACUCGGAACUGCAAGAGGCUUGGCUUAUCUGCACGAGGAAUGCAAAGAAUGCAUUAUGCACUGUGACAUGAAGCCGGACAAUGUACUUCUUGAUGCAAAGUUCUGCCCCAAGAUUGCAGACUUCGGCAUGGCGAAGCUUCUUGGUCGAGAUUUCAGCAGGGCUUUGACAACAAUGCGAGGGACCAUUGGAUAUCUUGCACCGGAGUGGAUAUCGGGGUUACCGAUCACACAUAAGACCGAUGUUUACAGCUAUGGCAUGAUGCUUCUUGAAAUCAUAUCUGGUCGAAGGAACUCAGAGAAAAUUAAGGAAGGAAAGUUUACAUACUUUCCCAUAUUUGCGGCAAUCAAGGUGAAUGAGGGAGAUGCUAUGUGUCUGCUGGACAGUAGGUUGGAAGGACAGGCAGAUGUAGAGCAGCUGAGCAGAGCUUGCAGAAUUGCAUGCUGGUGCAUUCAAGAUGCCGAGGAUCACAGGCCGAUGAUGGGACAAGUUGUUCACAUGCUGGGGAAUGUUAUGGAUGUCGAAAUUCCUCCUAUUCCAAGGUCACUUGAAAACUAUAUUGGAAUGGAGGAUUGCUCUUACUCUGUGGAACCAGAUAACUUGUUGUAAAUUCUACUCUUUUUUUGCGGGUAAUUCUACAUGUUUGUUGGAUAGACCCAGUAGUUAAUGUGAAAGACAGGAAUAAAUAUGCGGUGUGUCCUGUAGCACAUGUCUUCACUUUACAGUUUGUUGAAUAACUUAUUUCCGAGGCUUGGAGGUUUGUUUGUAUUUAUGUUUUCCUUUUAAAAGGAUUUGAGGUUUGUUUGUAUGUAUCUAUGUUAUCCACCUGAUUACGAGGUUGAGAUGUGCAUCAUUGUCUGCCUUCUUCUUCUGAAUUUCAUCUGAAUGACUGUGUACUCUACUUUUGAAAAGCAGAGCACUCUGUUUUUGGAGUUCCAGCUCUCUUGUGACUCUCUGCUGUUAACCUUUAGAAGGAUACCUAAGUUUGCACAGUGACCUCUAAGAAAGAAUUGUACAUAGUGCAGAAAUAAGUAUGCUUCAACUUUUUGGCAAAUAGCUGCUCAAGAAGGCCGCCGGAGCUAAGCAAACUUCAUUUGGGCAUUCUGUUUAUAUGUCAACUGAAUCAUUAUAAUUUUUGUACAUAAAAAUCUGCAGACUAGUAUGUUCAUGUUAAAGGGCAUGUAAUUCUGCAAGAUUCAGGGCGUAAGCUUUCCAGGUAUUAUUUUCCAGGUAUCGUCAGUGUGAAAGUGCAAAAGAGGCGAUGGAGCUUACUGCUGAUCAUGGGAGCUGCUGGGUCUGUUUAUAUGUCACCUGAAUCAUUCUGGUGACCUGUGAGGGAAGCCUUAUGCAGAAGCUAGAGGAGUAUGGACAUUAUGUCCGAAGAAUAACGAGAAUUUGUUCAACUGGAUGGACGCAGCAUCGAUCCGCUGAGCAUAUGCGGCGGUAUUUUGAUCUCUUGGAACAUAGGAGACAGGCCUGAUGAAGCGUAUGAGGAAGUUACGGCUGCCAAUGAUGAUUGGAUGAAGAAGCGCUUUCUGCUACCAAAGAUUUUGUACCUCAAAAUAUAUUUUUGGCAAGCUGUGCACCUAAGCUUAUCUAAAAGGAGCAAGCGACAACUCCUUCAUGUUCAGCCCCAUCAGCAGUAAAGUGAUGCACUAAGAAUAUAGUAGCUAGCAUUCAGUUUUAGUAUCUCUUUUUAUUUUGGCAGUAGAGAGCUAUCUAUGUGGUAGUAGUACAGUGGACGCUCUGCUGAUUCUAAAAUUCAAUCUAUGUAGGUAUGGAAGAUCAAUCAUUUUGUC